UUUUCUCAGGGGCUCAGGGCUUUCUCUCCCGAGCCAAACACCGCCGCCACCGCCGCCGGAAGAGGGGGGUUCGCCGCUGGCAAGUCUUCCAGGAUGGGGUACCACCGCAAUAGGCGCGGGCGUGGAUCCUCGUCGUCGUCCUCCUCCUCCUCUUCGCGCCGCACCAAGCAAGAAGCCUCGUGCGAUGAUGCUCCUGGGACAUCACUUCCAAGGCAGGAAGACAACGCCGAAGAGGAAUCUAAUAGCCCAAAAAUUCAGCUUGCAAUGUGGGACUUUGGGCAAUGCGAUGCUAAAAGAUGCACUGGUCGCAAGCUUUCAAGAUUUGGGCUGUUAAAGGAGUUGCGAGUUACGAAUGGUUUUGGUGGUGUUGUUCUCAGCCCUGUUGGGACACAUUGUGUGUCCAAGGAAGAUCAUCCUAUCGUGCAACGAAAAGGAUUGGCCGUGGUUGAUUGUUCUUGGGCACGUUUAGAUGAUGUCCCUUUUGUGAAACUCCGUUGUGGUGCUCCUCGUCUCUUGCCAUGGUUAGUAGCAGCAAACCCUGUAAAUUAUGGCCGGCCAUGUCAGCUUUCCUGUGUGGAAGCUUUGUCAGCAGCCCUCAUAAUAUGUGGGGAGGAAGAGACAGGAGAACAGCUGCUUGCGAAAUUCAAGUGGGGUCACUCAUUCUUAUCACUUAACAGGGAUCUGCUGAAAGCAUACUCCAAGUGUGAAAAUGGCACCGAGAUAAUCAACGUGCAGAACUCGUGGCUGUCAAGCGCAUCUAGUGUUUCAAAGUCACCUGUAAACGUGGCAGAUAAACCACACCGAAGCACAGAGGAAGGAUCAGAUUCUGAAUCUGACGAUGGCUUGCCCCCUCUGGAAGAGAACAUGAACCACUUGGACCUUAGCGAGGACGAAGAAAGUGAAGAGGAAAGUGAAACUGAAAACGAAGGGAUUACCAACGCAAAAUGAUGUUUGUUUGUCCGAAUCAAAAUAAGAUCCAGGUCUCUUGAGGUGUUGGUCGUGGAUCUGAAAACAAUCUAUCUCUGUACACUCGUAUUGCUUGCUUGCUUCGUGUAACAGUAGAUGUAUUUUUCUUUUCAGGGAUUCGUGUACCAGUAUAUGUAAGUGUAAACUGUAAACACACACUCUCUUUGAGAACACGAGUGCGUUUAUUUAGACCAUA